GGUGUGGGAACACCAGCCAAGUCCCCGUCCUGUGUGGUGUGCCGAUGACAGCGGCGGGGCUUCCUUCCCCAAACGGUCGCUGGCAGGCAGGAGGCAAAGUUUGUCGGAGAAUCGGGGUGACUUUGCUCGGGGACCCGCAUCUGUGCGAAUGCGCGGUGCCGCGGAGCGCGUCUCGGAGCAGCUCCGGGUUGGGGACCGGCUGUCCCUCGCUCCCGGAACCCCUUCAGGGGUGUGUUCUGGAAAAGUGGUGACAUGAGAUAGCGCUGAAGAGGCAGGAGGGAGCAGCUCUCACCCCUGCAGCCCGGGCGGGGAGGGCGCGGACCCCGUGGUUCUACCCUGCGGCCGCGAUGAGGGAUCAGCCCUCGUUUGCCUGGCGCUGAUACUCGAGGCUGUGGUGGUAGUGGAAUGCGAAAGCCAAGACGGAAUGGAAACAGGGCCUGAAGACCUCUGCAGGAUGCCUGAGGCAAGUUCUCCCAGGCGAACUCCACAGAACGUUCCUUACCAGGACCUGCCUCACCUGGUCAAUGCAGACGGACAGUACCUCUUUUGUAGGUACUGGAAGCCCAAUGCCACACCCAAGGCCCUCAUCUUUGUGUCCCAUGGCGCUGGUGAACACUGUGGCCGUUAUGAUGAAGUGGCACAGAUGUUGAAGGGGCUGGACAUGCUGGUCUUUGCCCACGACCAUGUUGGCCAUGGGCAGAGUGAGGGAGAGAGGAUGGUGGUAUCGGACUUCCAGGUUUAUGUCAGAGAUUUGCUGCAGCACGUGGACGCCGUCCAGAAGGACCACCCAGAGGUCCCCAUCUUCCUCCUGGGCCACUCCAUGGGCGGCGCCAUCUCCAUCCUAGCGGCUGCAGAAAGGCCAACCCACUUCUCUGGCAUGGUCCUGAUUUCACCUCUGGUUCUUACCAGUCCAGAGUCUGCAUCAGCUCUCAAGGGGCCCCACAGCUGUCUCCACACCCUGCAGGAAAGCUUCAAAUUCCAGGCGAGCCCCAUUGAGCUGGCGGCCAUAGUGAUGAAGGCUUGGAUCCCAUCUGCCUUCUACCUGUGGGUCCUUGCUGCCAAAGUGCUCAAUCUUGUCCUGCCAAACUUGACCUUGGGGCACAUCGACACCAGCUCGCUGUCUCGGAACAAGACAGAGGUGGACCUGUACAACUCUGACCCACUCAUCUGCCACGCGGGCGUGAAGGUGUGCUUUGGCAUACAGCUGCUGAACGCUGUCUCGAGGGUGGAGCGUGCCAUGCCCAGGCUGACACUGCCAUUCCUGCUGCUGCAGGGGUCUGCUGACCGGCUGUGCGACAGCAAAGGUGCCUACCAGCUUAUGGAGUCUUCCCGGAGUCAGGACAAGACACUCAAGAUGUAUGAAGGUGCCUACCACGUUCUCCACAAGGAGCUUCCAGACGUGACCAGCUCUGUCCUCCAUGAAAUAAACACAUGGGUCUCCCACAGGAUAGCCAUGGCAGGAGCUCGGGGUCUGCCCUGAAUAUGCUGGCCAGGCAACCAGCUCGUGGUCUGGGGGAAGCAGGCAGAGGAAGGGCAGUACUGGCUAGCUCAAAAAGGAAAAAAAAAAAAAAAAUCACAAAUUGGAGGAA